AUGUCGGGUACCAAGAACGCCCCUUCUGACGACAGCUUUGUCGAGCUCUCUGCCACCAGCAGCCAGACCAGCGGCAACGGCAAUGGCUCGAUUCUCCGCGCUCUGACCAUCGCAUCGACCACCGGCAUCGAGGUUCAGAUCCCUGUCCCCUCGCAGCCUUUCGACGCCUGGAUCGUCGCCGAUGUGCUCCGAGAAGAGUUCCAGCGAUCGCUCGCCGCUGCUCCCGAGGCCAACGACGUUCUCGAGGUGCAAGAGGAGCAGGAUGUCGCCGGUGCUGCCGAAAAGGCCGCCGGAGAAGCCAAGGUCAACCUGGCUGCCAAGUUCCUCGGCUUCCUCGCCUCGCGUGCAUCCGUCAAGACCUCGAGCCACGAGCUCAACCUCCUCCAACAUGCAUGGGCCCACUUCCACGACGAAUUUCUCGCUCUGCACGGCAGUGUCCACGACCUGGUCGCUGCCAUCGACUCGGACCUUCGCACGCCCGUCCUGCGCAGCUACUUUGAGGCCUACGUCCAGCUCGAGUCGGCCAACAAGGCCAAACCUUCGCUCAUCACUCCCAAGCUCUUUUCGCUUUCGGCUCAGAACAAGGCCGAAGUUCACGCCGUCUUUGGUGGCCAGGGCAACAACGAGGCCUACUUCAAAGAGCUGCAGAUCCUCUUUGACAGCUACCGACCGCUCAUCCAGCCUCUGCUCGAGUCGACCCAGCCCGUCUUUGACAAGCUCGUCCAGGAUGCCGUCAAGCAAGGCUUCGCCAGCUACUACACGCACGGCAUGGAUGUGCUCGCCUGGCUCACCGGCGCUGCUCCCGAGCCUGCCGUCGCGUACCUGGCCAGCGUGCCUCUCAGCUUGCCUCUGAUCGGUCUGACGCAGAUCACCCAGUUCCUCGUCAGCAUCCGUGCUUCCGGUCUCACCCCUGCCGAAUUCCGCUCGCAGAUCAAGAGCGCCACCGGUCACUCGCAGGGCAUCAUCUCGGCCGUCGUUCUCUCGGCUUCCGACAGCCUCGAGUCGUUCUACACCAAUGUCGCCAAGGCGCUCGAGCUCCUCUUCCACAUCGGCAAGCGUGGUCAGGAGUUCUUCCCUACCCUCGCCAUCGAUCCUGCGCUCGUCAAGGACACCAUCGACGGCGGUGAAGGCGAGCCCACGCCCAUGCUUGCCGUCUCGGGUCUCGAGCAGAACGUCCUCGAGAAGCACAUUCAGAAGACCAACUCGCACCUCGCCGAGUCCCAGGCCGUGUCCAUUUCGCUCUUCAACGGUCCUCGCAGCUUCAUCGUCACCGGCUACCCCAAGGCGCUCGUCGGUCUCGUCGGCAGUCUCCGUGCCAUUCGUGCCGAUACCGGCGCCGAUCAGGGCAAGGUGCCCUUCAGCAAGCGCAAGACCGUCUUCCGCAUGAACUUCUUGCCCGUCGGUGUUCCCUACCACUCCAGCUACCUCGCCGGCGCCACGGAGAAGAUGCUUCAGGAGGACUACGCCGGCCGCACCACCGUCUGGGAUGCUUCCGAGCUCAAGGUCGCCGUCAAGAACACCGAAGACGGCUCCGAUCUUGCCAGCUUUAGCUCUGGCGACAUUCUCAAGAGCAUCGCCGACCAGAUCUUUGUCAAGCACAUCUACUGGUCCAAGGCGUUGGAUCUGCCCAAGACCGCCACCCACCUCGUCGACUUUGGCACGGGCGGUCUCUCUGGAAUCGGUAGUCUCUCGGCCCGCAUCCUCGAGGGUCGUGGCGUCAGGAUCGUCACUCCCAGCGGCACUCACGCCCGCAGCACCGAGCUCUACGCAGUCAACACGGUCAAGUUCGAGGAACGAUGGGAGGAUGUGUGGUCGCCACGCCUCGUCAAGACCAAGAGCGGUAUCAAGAUCGACACGCCCUUCUCGCGCACCACCGGCCGCGGUAUUCUUAUGGUUGGUGGUAUGACCCCGACCACCGUCAGUGCCAACAUCAACGCGGCCGUGCUCAACGCCGGCUACGUGAUCGAGCUUGCCGGUGGUGGUCUCCACAGCGAGCCUGGCCUGCGCAAGCGCGUCAACGAGAUCCUCGCCCAGCUCGAACCUGGUAACGGUCUGGAUCUCAACGGUCUCUUCAUCGACCAGCGACGAUUCGGUUGGCAGUACCCCCUCUGGGGUCAGAUGCGUCGCGAGGGAUUCCCGUUGAAGGGUUUCACCGUCGCUGCCGGCAUUCCCUCAACAGAGAAGGCAAAGGACAUCAUCGACGGUCUCAAGGCUGCCGGCAUCGAGUACGUCGGCUUCAAGCCCGGUACCGCCGAUGGCCUUCGCGCCGUCGCUGCCAUCGCGGCCGCCAACCCUGACUUCAAGAUCAUCUGCCAGUGGACCGGUGGUCGUGCCGGUGGUCACCACUCGACCGAAGACUUCCACCAGCCCAUCCUCCAGACGUACGCCAGCCUGCGCAAGCAGAAGAACCUUGUGCUCGUCGGCGGCUCCGGCUUUGGUGAUGCCGAGGGCGUCUGGCCUUACCUCACCGGUGAGUGGUCCGUCAAGCUCGGCUACGCCCCCAUGCCCUUCUCGGCGUUCCUUUUCGCCUCGUGGAUGCUCGUCGCCAAGGAGGCUGCCACCGCCGACGCCGUCAAGCAGCUGCUCGUCGACACGCCUGGCUGUGGCGACGACAAGUGGCAGGACACCUACGCCAAGGGCGCCGGCGGCACCAUCACCUGCAACUCGGAGCUUGGCGAGAGCAUCAGCUACGUCCACAAUCGCGCCGCGGCUCUGUGGCGUCAGCUCGACGACCAGCUCUUCUCGCUUCCUCGCGAGAAGCAGCGUGUCUGGCUUUCCGAGAAGAAGAGCUGGCUCAUCGAGCGUCUCAACAAGGACUUCCAGAAGCCCUGGUUCGCCGCCAAGCUCGACGGCACUGCUCUCAUGAACGUCGCCGACAUGACCUACGAGGAGGUUACGCGUCGCAUGCUCGAGCUCCUUUUCAUCGGCCACCAGAGCCGCUGGAUCGACCCUUCGCUCAAGAAGCUGUUCGGCGACUGGUGCCGACGCGUCGAGGAGCGUUUCGCCGGCAUCGAGACCGCCGGCAAGAAGGAGUCGCUCCUGCAGAGCUACUCGGUCCUCGACAAGGAGCCCUCCAAGUUCGCCGAGGCCUUCUUCGCCGAGUACACGGGCGCCAAGGAGAUCCGCCUCGCCGCCGAGGACGUCGGAUACUUCCUCACCAUCUGCCAGCGUCGUGGCCAGAAGCCUGUGCCCUUCAUCCCCGAGCUCGGCGACAACUUCCAGACCCUCUUCAAGAAGGACUCGCUCUGGCAGUCUGAGGACCUCGAUGCCGUCGUCGGCCAGGAUGCUCAGAAGGUCAUCAUCCUCCAAGGCUCGGUCGCCGUCCAGCACUGCACCAAGGCCAACGUGCCUGCCGGUGAGAUGCUCGGCGACAUCGAGAAGCAGCUCGUUGCCAAGGUCCUGGCCAGGUACUACGACAACGACGAGUCCAAGGUGCCUGUCGCCGACUACGUGUCGAGCGAGCCUCUGGCCAUCGAGGAGGCCGAAGUGCUCGCCCGAUCUGGCGUCGAAAGCUCGGUCGACGGCAACGUCAAGACGCUCAAGCUUGGCAGUCAGGUGCCCAACACCAACGAGUGGCUCGAAGUGCUCGCCACCAAGCGCACCAGCUGGUUGCGCGCCCUUCUGCGCAACGUCAGCGUCGUUCAGGGCAAGAACUACGCCGACAACCCAAUGCUGCGUAUGCUCGCGCCUCGCAAGAACCAGACCGCCAAGAUCGCCUACACUGCCGAUGGCGAGCCGGUCAGCCUCACGCUCUUUGGUGCUGCGCGCUCGUACGGUCGACACGACGAUGGCUUCAAGGCGCUCGAGAUCACCAAGUCGCCCGAGUCGGCUCAGAUCCAGGCGACGCUCUUCGAGGAGCGUCUCGGCGAGGCCGUUCCCCUUCACUUCCACUUCACCUACCGCCCCGACCAGCCGUUCGCUUCGAUCCACGAGAUCAUGGACGGCCGCAACAAUCGCAUCAAGCAGUUCUACUGGCAGCUCUGGUUCCACGCCGACAUGCCUGCUGCUGCUCAGCUCGCUGCCGCCAAGCAAUUCGAGAGCCCCGUCAAGUCGCUCGACGAGACAGCCAUCCGCAACUUCUGCCGCAUCGUCGAGAACCGCGGUGAGGUCUUCACCAAAGGUCAGGCUCCCAUGGACUUUGCCAUUGUCGCUGGAUGGGAAGCCAUCAUGCAGGCGCUCAUGGCCAGCUGCGACGCCGACCUGCUCAGCCUGGUCCACCUGAGCAACUCGUUCAAGGUCGUUGAUGACGCGCGCCCUCUGCGUGCCGGCGACGUCUGCACCGCCAGCGCGCACGCCAGCAGCAUCAAGAUCUCGGACACUGGCAAGUCGGUCAGCGUGACCGGCACCGUUCUGCGCAAAGAUGCCAGCGGUGACUUUGUGCCCGUCAUCUCGGUCGUCUCGAGCUUCUUCUUCCGAGGUCGCUUCACCGACUUCAACACCUGCUUCGAAACUUCGCAGAACGAGUUCACGCUUGAGAUCAAGACCAAGGCUGACGCCACUGUCCUGCUCGCCAAGGAGUGGUUCGACUGGGUCGCUCCUCAGCCUUUGGCCCCCGGCACGGUGCUUCACUUCAAGAUCGAGAACCUGCUCAAGUACAAGGACAGCACCUCGUACUCGGAUGUCGACGUCACCGGCGGUGCCUACGUCCGCGACUACAAGGACGACCUCAUCAAGGUCGGCGAGAUCGAGUACACCGCCGACGCCAUCAGCUACGGCAACCCGGUCAUCGAGUACAUCAAGCGCAACGGCGGUGUGUCGACGGGAGGUGUUGCUCCGCUCGAAGCCGGUUACACCAUCGGCACGUCCGAUGUCGCCACCACCUUCGUGGCUCCUGCCACCAACGAGCCUUACUCGAACGUCUCGGGCGACUUCAACCCCAUCCACAUCAACCCAUACUUCUCCUCCUUCGCCUCGCUUCCCGGCACCAUCACCCACGGCCUCUUCUCGAGCGCUGCCUCGCGCAAGUUUGUCGAGGUGGUCGCUGCCGAGGGCUACCCCGACCGCUGCCUCUCGUUCGAAGCCAACUUCGUCGGCAUGGUGCUGCCCGGUGACGAGCUCACCGUCAAGCUGCGUCACAUCGCCAUGCGCGACGGUAACAAGGUCAUCAAGGUCGAGACCUUCAACCAGAACGGCGACAAGGUGAUCGAUGGCCAGGCCGAGGUCAAGCAGCCCGCCACCGUUUACGUCUUCACCGGUCAAGGUUCGCAGGAGCAGGGCAUGGGUAUGGACCUGUACAACUCGAGCCCCACGGCCAAGGCGCUCUGGGACGAGGCUGACGGUCACUUGCGCAGCACCAUGGGCUUCAGCAUCCUCGAGAUCAUCAACCAGAACCCGCUCACCAAGACCAUCCACUUCGGUGGUGUGCGUGGCCACACGAUUCGCGAGCGUUACAUGUCCAUGACGUACGAGUCGACCGAUGCCGAUGGCAACACGGUGACGCUGCCUCUCUUCCCCGAGAUCAGCGCCUCGAGCCAGAGCUACACCUUCCAGUCGCCCAAGGGUCUGCUCUUUGCCACCCAGUUCGCCCAGAUCGCGCUCGUGCUCGUCGAGCUCAGCGCCUUCCGCGACAUGAAGCAGCGAGGCCUCAUCACACCCGACGCUGCCUUUGCCGGUCACUCGCUCGGUGAAUACGCCUCGCUCGCCGCCGUCGCCAGCGUCCUCGAGGUCAAGUCGCUCUGCGACGUCGUCUUCUACCGUGGUCUCUCGAUGCAGAACUGCGUGCAGCGUGAUCCUGUCACGGGUGCCUCCAACUACGCCAUGAUGGCCUGCAACCCUCUCCGCAUCGUCGGCGAGGGCAACCCGACGUUCGCUGGUCAGGCGCUGGCCGAGAUCGUCGACUCGAUUAGCAAGGAGUCCGGCCGUCUCCUCCAGAUCGUCAACCACAACGUCGCGGGUCAGCAGUACGUCACUGCCGGUGACCUCGUGGCCCUCACCACGCUCGGCAACGUGCUUAACUUUAUCAAGAUCCAGAAGAUCGACCUCAAGAAGCUCAACGAGAUCAUGCCCAUCGAGGACGUACGCGAGAAGCUCGCCGAGAUCGUUCGCGAGGUGCUCUCUGCUGCUCUCGAGGAGGAGAAGAAGGGUCGCAUCGAGCUCAAGCGCGGAUUCGCCACCAUCCCUCUGCCUGGUAUCGAUGUGCCUUUCCACUCCCGAUACCUCACCGGCGGUGUGGCUCCCUUCCGAUCGUACCUCUCGAAGCGCAUCAACGUCGAUGCCAUCCGUCCUCAGCUGCUCGUUGGCCGCUACAUCCCGAACUUGGUUGCCGCACCCUUCGAGCUCUCCAAGUCGUACGCCGAGCUCAUCUUUGCUCAGACCGACUCGCCUCGUCUCGACAAGGUGCUCAAGAACUGGGAGAAGGAUGAGUGGGAGUCGCCGGACCGUGUGCAGCGACUCACCGCCACGCUGGUGGUCGAGCUGCUCGCCUACCAGUUCGCUUCGCCCGUUCGAUGGAUCGAGACGCAGGACAUCUUCUUCACCGACUACAACUUUGAGAGGCUCGUCGAGUUCGGUCCGAGCCCUACGCUCGUGGGCAUGGCCAAGCGAACACAGGCGCUCAAGUACUCGGCUGUCGACCUCGCCCAAGGCCGCAAGCGUGUCAUGUACUGCUCCAGCAAGGACAAGGAGGCGCUCUACUACUCCUUCGCCGAUGAAGAGGGCGAGGCUGAAGCUGCUCCCGCCGCAGAGGCUGCGGCUGCUCCGGUUGCUGCCGCUGCUGCCCCUGCUCCUGUUGCUGCAGCUCCGGCUCCUGCUGCUUCGGGCGGUGCCGCUGCUGCGGAGGUGCCCGACGAGCCUGUCAAGGCCGUCGACACCGUCCGCGCCAUCCUUGCCCAGAAGCUCAAGAAGAGCAUCUCCGAAGUGCCUCUCUCCAAAUCCAUCAAGGACUCGGUCGGUGGAAAGUCGGUGCUCAGCAACGAGCUCGUCUCGGAUCUCCUCGCCGAAUUCGGCAACCUGCCCGAGCGAGGUGAGGAGCUUCCUCUCGAGGAGCUCGGUGGUGCUCUUCAGGCCGGCUACAGCGGCACCCUUGGCAAGACCACUUCCAGCUUGGUGACCCGAACCGUCGGUGGUAAGCUGCCUGGUGGAUUCAACCUCUCUGCUGUCAAGUCGCACCUGCAGAAAGCUUGGGGUCUCGGCGCUGGCCGCACCGACGGUGCCUUGCUCGUCGCCGUCACCAUGGAGCCCGCUAAGCGUCUGGGCUCCGAGGCCGAGGCCAAGGCUUGGCUCGACUCGGUCGCCCAGACCUACGCCCAGCUUGCCGGCAUCAGCCUGUCCCAGGCCAGCGCCGGCGGCGGAGGUGGCGGAUCCGGCGGUGUCGCCAUCAGCAGCGAGGAGCUCGACAAGCUCAAGGCGCAGCAGGACGACCACGUCCGUCGCCAGAUCCAGGUGCUGGAGCGCUACCUCAACAUGGACGGCCGCGCUAGCGGUCGUCUGGCCGAGAGCACCAAGGCCGAGCUCGAGGCUGCUCAGGCCCAGCUCGACGCCAUCGCUGCCGAGCACGGUGACAUGUACACCAACGGCAUCAUGCCCAAGUUUACCGAGAAGAAGGUGCGACACUUUAGCUCGUACUGGAACUGGGCUCGCCAGGACGCCAUGACGCUGCUCUACGACAUCAUCUACGGUCGACUCACCACGGUCGAUCGCGAGAUCACCGCUCGUUGCAUCACGCUCAUGAACCGUGCCGACCCGAGCUUGCUGCGCUACAUGCAGUUCCACAUCGACCAGAUCGACGCCGAGCAGGGUCCUACCUACGCGCUCGCCAAGGAGUACGGUCAGCAGCUUAUCGAGAACUGUCGCGAAGCGUGCGCCGAGGACGCCGUGUACAAGGAGGUGCACGCCCCCACCGCUCCUCACACCGAGAUCGAUGCUCGCGGCAACAUCGCCUACAGCGAGGUCAAGCGUGUGGGUGUCCGCAAGCUCGAGGCGUACGUCAAGGAGAUGGCCGCUGGCAGCCGUCUGCUCGGCGCUGGCAGCCAGGUCAACCUCGACAAGGCGCAGGAGAACGUCGCCAAGCUCUGGACGCUUAUCCGCAACGAGCCUUCGGUCAGCAAGCUCAGCAAGGCCACCAUCAAGAGCUUGUACAGCGAAGUGGUUCGAUCGCUCGGCCCGGCUCGCCAGGCUCGUGCUCCCGUUCGCCAGGCGCCACGCAACCGUCGCCUCAGCUCCAACACGCAGCGACCUCAGGUCUCGGAUGCUCCCGCUGCCGAGGACCGCACUCCCUUCCUGCACGUCAAGAGAAAGGUGGCUGGUCAGUGGCAGCUCAGCCGCAAGCUCACUUCGGUCUACCUCGACAUCCUCGGCGAGAUGGCCUCGCAAGGUGUCAGCUUCAAGGGCCGCAACGCGCUGCUCACCGGUGUCGGCAAGGCUUCCAUCGGUGUCGAAGUCGUCAAGGGUCUUUUGGCCGGUGGUGCUCGUGUCGUGAUCACCACCUCGAGCUACAGCCGCAGCGUCGUCGAGUACUACCAGCGCAUCUACCAGGAGGUCGGUUCGCGGGGCUCGACGCUCACGGUUGUGCCCUUCAACCAGGCGUCCAAGCAGGACGUCGACAACCUCGUCAAGUACAUCUACGGCUCGCUCGACCUGGAUCUCGACUUUGUUGUUCCCUUUGCUGCCAUUUCGGAGAACGGCCGGGAGAUCGAUGGGAUUGACGACAAGUCGGAGCUUGCUCACCGUCUCAUGCUCACCAACUUGGUCCGCCUGCUCGGUGCCAUCAAGACCGAGAAGGCCAGUCGCAACUUUGACACGCGUCCCACCCAGGUGCUCCUUCCCCUUUCGCCCAACCACGGCACCUUUGGUGGAGACGGUCUCUACGGUGAGAGCAAGCUCGGUCUCGAGACGCUGCUCAACCGAUGGGAGAGCGAGAGCUGGGGUCAGUACCUCUGCAUCACCGGUGCCAUCAUCGGCUGGUGCCGUGGUACCGGUCUCAUGUCGUCUUCCAACACGGUCGCUGAAGAGAUCGAGAAGCUCGGCUGCCGUACCUUCAGCACGACCGAGAUGGCCUUCAACCUGCUCGGUCUCUUGGCCCCUACCGUGUCGGCCGUCAGCCAGGUCGAGGCUCUGCUCGUCGAUCUCAACGGUGGCAUGGACAAGAUCGUCGACCUCGCCGAGCAGACGGGCAAGUUCCGUGCUGCCAUCCAGGAGGCUUCGUCGACCAAGCGCGCUCUCGUUGCCGACAACUCUGCCGACUUCAAGGUGAUCAAGGGCUCGGCUGCCGAGGCGCUGCACAAGAAGGUGCACAUCAACCCACGCAGCAACUUCACCUUCCGCUUCCCCGAAGUCGGCAGCCUCAAGCUCAACCGCGAGAUCGCCAAGAGCUACUCGCAGAUGGAUCUCGAAAAGGUGGUCGUCAUCACUGGUUUCGCCGAGGUCGGUCCGUGGGGUUCGUCGCGCACUCGCUGGGAGAUGGAGGCCUUUGGUCACCUCACCAACGAGGGUGUCAUCGAGCUCGCCUGGAUCAUGGGUCUCAUCAAGCACCACGAUGGUCAGCUCAAGUCGGGCGCAACCUACGUGGGCUGGAUCGACGUCAAGAGCGGCGAGCCCGUCGACGACAAGGACAUCCGUGCCAACUACGAAGAGCACAUCAUCAAGCACGCCGGUAUCCGCCUCAUCGAGCCCGAACUUUUCCGCAACUACGAUCCCAACCGCAAGGGCUUCCAGCAGGAGAUCGAGCUCAACCACGACCUCGAGCCGAUCGAAGUGUCGGCCGAGGAGGCGUCCAAGUACAAGCUCGAGCACGGCGACAAGGUCGAUGCUUGGCAAGACGCCAACAGCGGUGGCUGGUUUGUGGUGCUCAAGAAGGGUGCGCGCAUCUUUGUGCCCAAGGCAGUUGCUUUCGACCGCCUCGUCGCCGGUCAGAUGCCCACUGGCUGGUCGGGCCAGCGCUACGGUAUCCCCGACGAUAUUGUGGCUCAGGUCGACCGUACCACGCUCUGGGCCCUGGUCUGCGCCUCGGAGGCUCUGGUCAACUCGGGUAUCGCCGAUCCUUACGAGCUGUACAAGCACAUCCACCCCAGCAAGGUCGGAAGCUGUAUCGGUUCGGGUAUGGGCGGUAUGACGUCGCUCAGCAAGAUGUUCCGCGACCGCCGCAACGACACGGACGUGCAGAACGACAUCCUUCAGGAGACCUUCAUCAACUCAGUCGCAGGUUGGGUCAACCUGCUUGUCAUGUCGUCGGCGGGUCCCAUCAAGACGGUCGUCGGUGCUUGCGCCACUGCACUCCAGUCGAUCGACGUCGCUGUCGAGACCAUUCUGUCGGGCAAGGCGGAGCUCAUGCUCGCCGGUGGUUUCGACGACCUGUCGGAGGAAGGCUCGUUCGAGUUUGCCAACAUGAAGGCCACCUCGAACGGAAAGGAGGAGCUGGCUGCCGGACGAGAGCCUUCGGAGCACUCGCGUCCCUUCUCGACCUCGCGCAGCGGUUUCAUGGAAUCGCAGGGUUGCGGUGUUCAGGUGCUCACCACCGCCGCCAACGCGAUCAAGCUCGGUAUGCCCAUCCAGGGUAUCGUCGCUUACUCCAACACCCACACCGACGGUGCCGGCCGCUCGCUGCCUGCUCCUGGUCACGGUGUCAUCAGCAGUGCCGACGGCAUGCAGCGUGCUCUCGCCCGCUUCAACCUCACCGCCGAUGACAUUGGCGUCAUCUCGGCCCACAUGACCGCCACCAAGGCCAACGACAAGAACGAGUCGCACGUCUACCAGGAGCUCUUCACACGUAUGGGCCGAACGCCGGGCCACGCGGUGCCUGUCAUGGCGCAGAAGUGGCUCUGCGGUCACGCCAAGGGUGGUGCUGCCGCUUGGGCUCUCAACGGCGUGAUGCAGUCGCUGCACACGUCGAUCGUCUGCGGUAACCGCAACGCAGACGACAUUUCGCCCGAGCUGCAGAAGUUCGACAUGCUGCUCUACAAUUCGACGUCGAUCCACCGAACGCCGCACCACGUCAAUGCUGCUGCCGUCUCGUCGUUCGGUUUCGGUCAGGUCGGCGGUAUCAUUCUCGUGUUGCACGCCGCCCACAUCCUGGGUCGUUUGUCAGACAAGGCGUUCGACGAGUACGUUGCGCGACGCAAGGCUCGCCAGCACCAGACCUACACUCGCAUGCACUCGGCGCUCACCAAGGAGGACCUUGUGCGAAUCAAGGACAACCGACCCUGGCCCGCCGAGCUCGAGGACCAGGUGCUGAUGAACCAAAACGCUCGCGCCGUCGAGAUCGGCGACAGCUACGGCUUCAAGGCUCCUCUUCCUGCCAUGCCUGCGCUCGCCACGGUGGAGGACACCAUCGUGCCUGCCAAGCCUGCCAACGUGGCGGUUCAGCAGGAGAACCUGGAAAAGAUGAUGGGUCACGUCGCCGGUGUAGGCAUCGACUGCGAAAAGAUCUCGACGUUCCCUUCGGACAAUGACAACUUUGUCUCGAGGAACUUUACCGAUGUCGAGAUCGAGUACUGCCGAGCGCAGCCCGACCCGCGCGCGUCGUUCUGCGGUCGCUUCUGUGCGGCAGAGGCGGUGGUCAAGUCGCUCGGUGUUCGCACUCAGGGCGCCGGCGCCUCGCUCAAGGACGUCGAGAUCGUUCCCACUCCCGAGGGACCUCAGGUGAAGCUGUACGGUGAUGCGCUCAAGGCUGCCAACGGCUCUCGCUUCCUCGUCUCGAUUUCGCACGGUGACGACACGGCUAUGGCCAUCGUCCACCGCCUGCCGAGCGCUUGA